UGCCAGAGAAGCUCGAGACUGGAGCCAGCGAAGCAACAGGAAGCAAGACACUUCAUCGCUUGGAGCUCAACUCACUCAAACUUGCAGAAAGUCACUAAGGGAUGGGAACUUUCCUACUUACUCGCAGGCCACUAACUGUCAUGUGGACCUACCUUCAUCAAUGGCAUUAUCUUGGCGAUUAAGAAACAUGAGAAGAAGACCGCUCUCACUAGAGUCAAUUAUCUGGACGGAAUUAUAUCAGAGGAAAAUGUGAAGAAACAUUCUGCAGGAUAGAAGAGAAACUGUCGGAAAGAUGAACCCAGAAUCCCUGGACUCGUCCAUCCAGAGUGCCCUGUCGGCUCUGUUCCCACCCUUUGAGGUCACAGCACCCACCGUCCUCAGUCAGCUGUUUAGGACCAUCGAGGAGCGUUUCCACGGUGACGCACUGCACUGCUUGCUGGACUUCCUCAUCCCGUCCAAACACCUCUUGGAGAGUGUGCAGCAGGCGGCGUGUGCUGCAUACUCAGAUGUGCUGUUCCGUUGUGAGGGCUGGCCCCUGUGCCUCCGUGAUAGGACCGUGAUCCAGCUGGCCCCCCUCAACCCUCUCCUGCUGCGCCCCGGAGACUUCUACCUGCAGGUGGAGCCCUUUGGCGAACAGGCAGCCCGCAUUGUCCUCAAGAGUCUCCUGGAGGAGGGCUGCCACGAGGUGGAGGAGACCCCCAUCCCCGACACCACUUACCCCUAUAUCUUUACCCUUGAUUGGCUGAGGGAGGUGAACGACGGCCGCCAUGGCACCCCGCUCUCCCACUGCCUGCUUUCCACCGAUCAGGGAGUGAUGAAGGUGCCCUGGGCGCAAGUGGCAAUCCCCGAGUUUCUGGUCAAGCACAAGACCAUGACUACAUCAAGUGUUAUCCGGGACGGUCCGUUUGAGUCACGAAAGUUGCAGAUUCCAUCCUCUUCCGACUCUACCGCUUCCGCCCUUUCUCUGGAGACCAUGAUCCUUCCUGCCAGGGACGGGAUAUCUGUGUCCUUGCGACUCAUGGACGGCACCUCGAAACUAAUCAAGGGUGACCAUGAAAAAUCUGUCACCAAACCGCAUGCCAAACCACUGGUCAAGCCUGUGGGCUGGGUGUCGCCCAACACCUGGGACACCAGCUGGAACUACUGCGAGAUUGAAGGUGACUAUGUGGAUUUAGUGGAGUUCUCCAAGGAGAAAGAGUCUCCUGCGGGAUGCAGUAGGACUCCCAAACCUUCUAAUCCUCCCCCUUUGUUCAAACCGGUCAGGCCCCCUCCUCCUAUACCACUUGGGAGCAGCACACCCUGUGGGUGCACCCUCAGGUUUUCGGAGGAGCCUUGCACACCAUGCAGCCAGAGGAGGCUAGGGCAGGAGCCUAGUGGGCAUGAACUAAAGUGCAGGUACAGGGACUCUUACCUAGCAGCACUGCGCAACCCAGUUCCCUUUGAGAGGGGGAGCGUAGGACUGCUAGCUGCUCUGCAGGAGUCCGGCCCCUGUGGAGGGGAGGAGUCGGGCUUCAAGGGUCACGCCAGAGGUCUGGGUCAGGAUCACUGGGAGUGCUGUAACCACUAUAAGGAGCCUAUUGUAAGUCACGAGCCACACCAACAUGGGCACUUUGCUAAGGAAUCCCCAAACCUAAAUCACAUACCACACAAAUCUAACAAACCUUCCUUAACUCACAAACCAGGAAAACAUACUAAAGAACCUCAAGUCAUUCAUAAACUCUGCCAAGUGGAACCUCAUAACCAGGAACUUCAAACAAACCACAAAGCCCAUCAAACAGGACCUGACUCAAUGCUAAUGUUACCUCCGGUGGGCCAUCACCAGGGCGUGGUUGAUGCCUUUGACUGUGACUUCACCUCCAAGCCAGUUUGGAACCCGGAGGCAGUGAAAACCAUUGGUAAACACAAGGCCAAGCCCAGGGCACCCUCCAUUGUGUCCGAGACUGCCAGAGGAAGUCCUCUGGUCCACAAACUGAACAACAGGACCCACCGUGACAUCUGCCCAGAGACGACCCCCGUUUGUGUCCAGGAGGUGCAGUGUAAGAAAAUCAAUGCCUUUGGCCUGGUGUCCCCCAAGCUGGAGAGGAGUCAGUCUUCAAAGAAUGUUCAAGAUCCCUCGCCUGGCAAAGUUGAAACGCAGGCUACUGCACCCUCCAUCGGACCUGACACCAAACUCCAGAGUCCAAAGACCAAGCCCACAGCGCCCCCAAUCCUACCCCCCCUCCCCCAUACACAGAGCUCCUCCAUAUCCUCCCUCCAAGACUCCAUCUUCAGAAGUAUCAGUGGCCUACUUCACCUGGGCUUCGUCAGUCUACCAGGUAGCAGAGACAGGGUGGGCAGGGCCGUGCUGGAGGUCCAUGGGAACAGGCAGGCCUGGAUGUCUCCUCUGCUGUCUGCCCAGGAGGUGUGUAAAGUGCUACUUUACCUCCACUCCAUCCCCAGAAAAGAGGUCCGGGACCUGGGAAUGACAGUGGUGAUCAAUGCCAGGAGGAUGCACCCUCCCUCCCUCUUCUACAAAGCCCUAAUGAUGGUUCAGGAACAAGCCCUGAAUGCAGUCCAUAGUGUGCUGAUACUGGUGGAUAAAGACACAAGCACUCGCCCUGAAAGACACCCUGGGCUACAGAUGGAAGUGGUGACCUCUCUGAAGGCCCUGCACAAGAUGGUGGAGGGACAACAGCUGACCUCUGACCUAGGCGGGAACUUUCCCUACAGCCACACUGAUUGGCUGCAGUUUCACCAGAAACUGGUUUCCUUUAUGUCGGACUUGCAAGGGGCAGCCCAUUUACUACAUAGAGCAAUCAAGAAAAUUGAUGGUAAUCCAAAAACGGACACCGCCCAGGAUGUUCAGCUAUCUAUUCAAGAUCAGAAGACCUCAAUGAAAGAGGUUCUGCAGGAUGCCCGAUUGGUCCCUUUACAGAGAGAAGGUGGGGCCAUUCUGACCAGAAUGAGGAGGGAGGAGUUUCGAUUUACCAAGUCCGACGACUACAGGGAUGCCUUGGACUCGGUGACGGCCCUAUAUAACCAGGUGGAGGAGAAUGUUCACACCCUGGUGAUGAGGUCCAAUGAAUCACUACAGUAUCUGGACUUCCUGCUCAAACUCAGGGAGGCGGAGUCAAAUCUUAACACGGCCAAGGAAUGGUUUGAUACAGAAGGAGAGCAAUGGCUGAAGUUCUCCAACUCCACCGAGGACACACUGGAGAGUGUGAACCAAGCCCUUCAGCGCUUUGACACCGUCCUCACUCAGGCCAAGGAGAAGAAACAGGAGACCUUGACCCUGGUGAUGGAGGUGGAGAAGAUUCUGGGUUCCACCAACUCCAACCCCGAGACGGAGGUUUUUAGGACCGUGAUGAACACGUUCAAAUCUAAUAUGGCCGACUUUAUGUUGCGCGCUGAGCAACGGCGUACCGAGCUUGACAACAUGGUGCAUGUCUACCGCUUCUGUGAAGAGGCUGCUGCCCUCGCCAAGGAAUGCAAGCAAUAUCUUGAGCAACUAGAGACAGGGUGCUAUCCUGCCAAAGCCUGUCUAAGCAUGCUUAAGACCUACGAGGAGCGAUUGGGUGACUGCUGCUCGUCCCGACACUUCCAGAAGAUCAAAGCCUGCAGCGUGAAGAGCUCCAGGGGGAUGAAUUUGUGGAAUGCGACCUGGGUCCAGUGCCAGGAAGUCAGCCAGUGGCUGGGGGAGAGGCUGCAGCAGGGGAAUGCAGCCAACAAAUACCAGCAGCAGCUCACAGCUGGUGGAGCUCAAGUGAAAGACGGGGUGUUGGAGACUUGGAAGGAGAGGGAGAAAGAGGAGGAAGACAAGGAGGAGGUGGUUGUGGCCCCUUGCUCCCUAACCCAAGCCUCAAACUCCCCUCCAGGGGUGGCCGAUAUGGCCAAUAACUCAGGGAGGGCCUCCGUGGAACAGAUGGAGAGCAGAGACAGCCGUGCUAGGCACAGCACUAACAGUGCGUGCUUUAACCUUCCUUUCAAAGAUGACUUGAAAAGGAGCAAAGGAGCCAAAGAAGCAUCCCAGUUGGCCAAAUCCCCCGGCAUAGAGGGGAAACUGACACCAGCGGUGCCCCAAGAUGGAGAUGGUGGACCAGGAAGGCACCACAGCGAGACGGACCUCAGAACGGGGGAUCUGGUUGCUGGGUGUGAGGCAUUUCCAUGGAAACAUGGCACUUUGGGGGGAUCCCUGAGUGAGGGUUCCUGUAUCAGCUCUCCCCUGUCCUCAAAGUUUGGCUCCUCCCCCUUGUCGGCAAGACACUCCCAUAGUCGGCCCUCAGUAGUGGCCCUGCAGUCCCCCCAAAACCCUUAUGAUAUCUCCCAUAAUGGAAGCUUCUGCUCUUGCAACUCCUGCUGUAGGACAAAUGGGGAAAGGGACGAUGACAGAGAAGAUGGUGACCCCAUAGAGUUGUCUUCGGUGUCCUUCCUUGACCCCUGUGACCCGACUGGUGACAGGACCCAGAAUGUCUCGUCAUUGGCCGACACACAAGCUGAAGAUAAUGGCAACAAUGUUCUGAAGUUGCAGAGGAUCAUGGAGGAGCUCUUGUUGACUGAGAGGGAGUAUGUACGAUCUCUAGGUUAUGUCCGAGAGCACUACUUCCCCGAGCUGGAGAGGCCUGACGUGCCUCAGGACCUAAGGGGCCAAAGGGGGAGCAUUUUCGGCAACCUGGAGAAGCUCCAUGACUUCCAUCGACACCACUUCCUGAAAGAGCUGGAGGGCUGCCUCCGAGAGCCCUUCAGGGUGGGACGCAGCUUCCUACGACAUAGAGAGUGCUUUGGUCUGUACGCCCUCUACAGCAAGAACAAACCCAAGUCAGACGGCUUACUCCUCAACCACGGCCAUGACUUCUUCAAGCAAAAACAGAUAGAGCUGGGCGACCAGAUGGACCUGUCAUCAUAUCUGCUGAAGCCGGUGCAGCGGAUCAGCAAGUACAGCCUGCUGCUGCAGGACAUGGUGAGGGAUUGUGGGCCCCACCGGGGCCGCGAGGAGGCUGAAGUCAGGCGUGCCCUUGAAGUCAUCCAGUUCCAGUUGCGCCAUGGCAACAACCUGCUAGCCAUGGACGACAUACAGGACUGUGACGUCAACCUGAAGGAGCAGGGGCAGCUGAUUCGUCAGGACGAGUUCCUGGUGUCCUUCAGGAAGAAGAAAUGUUUCCGCCACAUCUUCCUGUUCCAGGACCUCGUCCUCUUCAGCAAGACCAAGUGGACUGAUGUGGGCAAUGACACUUAUGUCUACAAACAGUCAUUUAAGACCUCUGACAUUGGGAUGACCCAUAACUCGGGGGACAGCGGGCUGUGCUUUGAGAUCUGGUUCCGAAGGAGGAAGUCCCAGGACACGUACACGCUGCAGGCCGGGAACAGUGAGGUGAAGGAUGCCUGGACCAAAGACCUUGAGCGCAUCCUCUGGGAGCAGGCUGUACACAAUAGAGAGAUUCGUAUGCAGGAGAGGGUGUUCAUGGGUAUCGGGAACAGGCCCUUCAUGGACAUCCAGCCUAGCGAUGCGGCCAUCAACGACAGGGCAGUCAACUGUGCUCUGAUGGGAAGAGAAUCCAAGGCGUUGGCCUCCCCGGGGACGUCUAGCUCACAGGGCGGUUGUCCUGUGCUGCGGCCUAACUCCAUUGGCUCGGGGAGCUGUUCGUCGUCUUCCGGCAGCCACUCCUCUUCGUCCUCUGGGAGAGGGUCCCUGUCGUCCGCCGUGGAGGGGUACCUGUGUGGCCCGAAGCAGAGGGGGGCAGGGGGUCACGGGGGGUACUCCCCACCCCCUGGGGUCCAGGAGGAGGAUGACAUGGACCAGGAGAGCGGAAGUCAGAAUCUACUGAUGAACAGCUCCGAGUCUUCAGGAGAGAGCGUGAGCGGCUUCAGCAGCUCCAGCCACAGCUGUCACUCCGCAAUUGGUAGAGAGGCGGAGGACGCCGCCUCCGUCGUCGGCCUGAAGGAGGUGCUAAGCCGCAGACCCGAAGCCAACCUCCACAAGGCCAAGAGUCCCACCCGGUCCACAGAGAGAACCACCACGCCCUUGCUCCCACACAGACCACCAGCCAUGACUAAGGAUCCACCUAAGGUUCAAAAUGUGGCCAUUGGAAAGUCAACUGAGGUUUGAGCUCUGAGUUUGAAUUGGACCGAUCGACAACAGAAGGACACCAUGAACUGUGUCACUGUAUAAAGGGGACUAUUAUAUGACAGUUACUGUACUCUGCCUUUUCUAUUAUUUUUUUUUAUCUGACCACUAAAAUGUACUGUAUUUCACAUAUGUUCUUAUAUUGUUUUGCAGUUUAAACAUCUGCGUCUGAAUUGUGUUUGUGUUGUGUAAGACGAGUACAUUCAACAUGGAAUUAACCUUAGUGUUAUCUCAGAUUCAACAGGUUAUAGUGAAUUGCAAAAUGUCACAAAGAAAUUGUUGCACGUGAUGCAAACAUCAUACCUGUCCUUGAGCGGUGCUCUGAUCUGGAGCGGCAGGUGUGAAUGUCAUGCCAGGCUAGAGCAUGUUUUCUGCCAGGCUAAACCAAUAACACAUGAUCUCAGUAAACUGUGCAGGUAACAUUUUCAUAAAUACAGUGGUGAAUCAAUCAAUAAAUCAACUUCAACUGUCUUUUUAUGAAUACUGAAAAAAAAAAUAUGAACGCAAUAUGUGAAGUGUGGGUCCCAUGUUUCAUCAGCUGAAGUAAAAAGAUCACAGAGAUUUCCAUACACACACAAAGUUUAUUUCUCUCAUAUUUUGUGCACAAAUGUGUUUACAUCCCUGUUAGUGAGCAUUUUUCAUUUUCCAAGAUAAUCCAUCCACCUGACAGGUGUGUGAUAUCAAGAAGCUGAUUAAACAGAAGUAUCAUUACACAGGUGCACCUUAUGCUGGGGACAAUAAAAUGCCACUCUAAAAAAUGUGCUGUUUUGUCACACACAACAAUGCCACCGAUGUCUCAAGUUUUGAGGGAGCGUCCAAUUGGCAUGCUGACUGCAGGAAUGUCCACCAGAGCUUAUGCCAGAGAAUUUCCCUACCAUAAGCCGCCUCCAAAAUCGUUUUAGAGUAUUUGGCAGGAGGUCCAACUAGCAUCACAACCGCAGACCACGUGUAACCACUUACAGCCCAGGACCUCCACAUCCGGCUUCUUCACCUGGGGUAUCGUCUGAGGCCAAUCACCCGGACAGCUGAGGAGUAUUUCUGUGUGUAAUAAAGCCCUUUUGUGGGGAAAAACCCAUUCUGAUUGGCUGGGCCAGCUCCCCAGUGGAUUGGACCUGGCUCCCAUGUGGAUGGGCUUAUGCCCUCCCAGGCACACCCAAGGCUAGGCCCUUGCUCAGUCAUGAAAUCCAUAGAUUAGGGCCGACUCAAUUUAUUUUAAUUGACUGAUUUCUUUAUAUGAACUGUAACUCAUUGAAAAUGUUGCAUGUUGCGUUUAUAUUUUUGUUCAGUAUAGAUAUGUUUAUUUAUUUUUUUACUUUUGCUCUUAUUACAUGAAAUAUGCAGUUCUGGCAUGACAUUAUAUUUACACCUGCCAUGCUUUAGACCAGACCACCCUAGGUAUGGUGCGUCAUGUGCAAUAACAAUAUUACAAUAGCCCAAACUUGCAAACUAGUUUAAGCUAUUUGAUCAACAAACAUUGUUGUAUCAAAUGUGCAAGACCAAACAUCUUUUAACAGCAGAACCAUAAAUUGGUUCCAUGCCUUCCAUUCAGUAGGAGAGCUAUGACAAGAUCUGUCCAUGAUUUUUAAAUCUCAUGUUGAAUAGGGCUUCUCAACUCAAUUAAAUGAACGUUAACUGGU